AUGCUUAUUGCAGUUUCAGCAGAUGCAAACAAUCAACUAUUUCCACUUGCCUUUUCAAUUGUAGAGAGUGAGAACAAUGAACGUUGGGGUUGGUUUAUGGCAUGCAUAAGGGAAUUUGUCACUCAACAAAGGGGCCUCUGUGUGAUAUCUGACCAUCAUCCAGGUAUUAUUCCCACAAUGAAUCAGGUUGGAUUAGAGUGGAUUGAACCAUUUGCCUACCAUCGUUUUUGUAUCCGCCAUCUAGGAAGUAAUUUUAAGACUAAAUUUCAUGACAAAAUAUUGAAAGACCUUCUAGUUGCAGCUGCAAAUGAAAAUCAGGUUUUCAACUUUCAGAGAAAGAUGGAAACAAUUGGCAAGAUAAAUCCGGAAGCUCGAAAAUGGCUAGAUGAUUUGCCAGUUGAGAAGUUGGCUCUGGCACAUGAUGGUGGCAAAAGAUAUGGUAUAAUGACAACAAAUUUAUUAGAGGUAUUUAACAGUGUGUUGAAGGGUGCACGCUCUUUACCAAUAAUAGUUUUGGUGCAACUUACUUUCUAUCAUGUCAACAGCUAUUUUGCCAUUAGACGGCAAUUAGCAGUUCAAAGAAGUGUUAGCGGCCAAUCCUUCACUCCUUUUGUAGAUGGAAAAAUAAGUUCUUAUGGGAUCAAGGCUGGACGACAUGAAAUAGUCCUAUUUAAUCGAGCCACUGGUUCAUUCAGCAUUAAAAUUGGUCGAUCACCUAUAAAUAAAAGAAAAGGUGCUCGUGUCCAAGUUGUCAAGUUAAAUGAAAAACAUUGUUCCUGUCAAAGGUGGCAAAUAUUUGGAUUCCCCUGUUCCCAUGUAAUUGCUGUAUGCCAAUAUUGUAGCCUGGAUUACAAAGCUUUGGUUCAGAAUUGGUACUCACCAUCUACCUAUGGGAGAACUUGGGCUCCACUUUUUCAUCCAAUACCUGGCAAAUCUUAUUGGCCUCCUGAAGAGGACAUAGUGCUUAUUCCUCGUGACGUGAUGAAAAGAACUACCAAAGGUCGCCCAAAAUCAACACGGUUGCACAAUGAAAUGGACGCUAGAGAAGGUCAAACUAAAGGAACAUGUAGCUUGUGCAAACAAAAGGGACACAAUAAACGGAGAUGCUGCAAAGUAUGCAACCUAAAUUCUUAG